AUGAGCGUGCGUCCCGCCUUCAACUCCUGUCAGGCUGCAGAGUGCGCACCCACCGUCCCUGUCAGCCGUGUUCACUGUGAGCCGCUCUGCAUUCUGAUCCGGAUUCUUCAUUUAUGGGACAGGGAGAGUGACGUGAUGAACCGGGACAGAGCGGGACCGGGGCCCGGAGCGGACGGGGUCCAGACUGUGAUAAGCCGGGACAGAGCCGCAGCAGGGCCCGUGUCGGAGCCGGUCCAGGCCGUGAUGAGUCGGGAGAGAGCGGUACCGGCGCCCGGAGGGGACGGGGUCCAGACUGUGGUUGGCCCGGACAGCGGAGACCUGCUGGACGGAGGGGCUGCCGGGAACAAGCGGCUCUUCUCCAGCGCGGGGCCGGGAGGCAGAGACGCUCAGGCCGUGGAGAACCACUCGGAACCUCCGCCGACCAACCCGGUGUUAGCCCCGCCACAGCAGGGCCCGACCGGGCACCGGACCACCUCGUUCUCCGUUCUGGACAUCUUGGACCCCAACAAGUUCACGAGCAGCCGCCGCCUCCCGCAGCAGCACGCGGGCCACCGGGCGGAGCGCGAGCUGGGCGCGUUCGGAGCGGAGAACCGGAGAGGAGGCGCGGGGGAGCCCGGCCUGGAGCCCGCCAAAGGCUGCUACGCCCCGGAGGAGUACCCGAGCAAGGAAGGCUUUGUGUUCCGAGGCCCAGAUGAGGAGGACUACCACAGAGACGGGAGCCCUGACUCAGAGGCUCCAGACGGGCCCUACAGCAGUGAGGAGAGCAGCUCAGCUAUGCCCGGUAAUGGAGACAGAGAUCUGGGCCAGCACAGCCACCAGGACCCCGGCAGAGACACCAAAAGCCCCGGAGGAGGCUCCGCGGGCCAGAUCAGCGACGUCCAGAGCAGCGGGGGCCAGGGCUCGCAGGGCAAACCCAAGAGGAAGCGCUCUGGCUCGGACUCCAAGUCGGGGAAGCCCCGCAGAGCCCGGACUGCCUUCACCUACGAGCAGCUGGUGGCGCUGGAGAACAAGUUCAAGUCCACGCGCUACCUGUCGGUUUGUGAGCGGCUCAACCUGGCCCUGUCGCUCUCUCUCACCGAGACCCAGGUCAAGAUCUGGUUCCAGAACCGCCGGACCAAGUGGAAGAAACAGAACCCCGGAGCCGACACCUCGGCCCCCACCGGCGCCGGGGGAGCAGGAGGAGCAGGGGGAGGAGGCAUGGGGGGCCUCAGCCCUCUCAGCCCGUCCCCCCCCAUCAGCGGGCACCUGGCCAUGCACGCCGGCUACGGCCACCAUCACCCCCCUGCCGGCAGCCUGGUCCAGCUGCCUUUCCUCACAGCCAGCCACGUCCUGUCCCCCUUCAUGCUGGGGACACAGAGCUACGCUACGCCCGCCUUCUACAGCACACACCUGUAGACAGACUGCAGGGCACACAGACAGUGUGAAGACUCUCAGCAGACAGACUGUCCGUGUUCAGCGCUGCUCCCCUUUUUACUACCAACGUUUGAAGGCUUUCAUUUCAACGGAUUAUUUUGAUAGAAUGUGAAUAUCUACCAGAAACUGUACAUACAUGCUCUAGCUCCCUAUUCAGAAUGCCGUUUUAAAUCACGUGAUAGACAAAUAGUUGAUUUCUUUGUUUUUAAAAAAAAAAGUCGGUAUGAAUAUUGAAUGUUUAUUUAUGACUUAAGGAAUGGCUUGAUCUAUUGUCAGU